AUGUCCCACGGGACCUACUAUGAGUGUGAGCCUCGGGGUGGCCAGCAGCCACUCGAGUUCUCAGGGGGUCGAGCUGGGCCUGGGGAACUGGGGGACAUGUGUGAGCAUGAGGCCUCCAUCGACCUCUCUGCCUACAUCGAGUCUGGGGAAGAACAGCUACUUUCUGACCUCUUUGCCAUGAAGCCGGCGCCGGAAGCCCGAAGCCUUAAGGCCCCAGGAACCCCUUCGUUCCCCCACUACCUGCCAGCUGACCCUCGGCCAUUCGCUUACCCCUCACAUACAUUUGGCCCAGAUAGGAAGGCUUUGGGGCCUGGCAUUUACGGUAACCCAGGGAGCUACGACCCCAGGGCUGUGGCCGUGAAGGAAGAGCCUCGUGGGCCAGAGGGCAGCCGAGGCACCAGCCGAGGUGGCUACAAUCCCCUGCAGUACCAAGUGGCACACUGUGGGCAGACAGCGGUGCACCUUCCCCCGAGCCUGGCAGCACCUGGCCAGCCCCUACGCGUCCUAAAGGCCCCUGUGGCUGCUGCUGCCCCUCCCUGCAGCCCCCUUCUCAAGGCGCCCUCCCCAGCUGGGCCCUCACACAAGGGCAAGAAGGCAGUGAACAAAGACAGCCUCGAGUACCGAUUGCGACGGGAACGCAACAACAUAGCAGUGCGCAAGAGCCGGGACAAGGCCAAGAGGCGCAUUAUGGAGACACAGCAGAAGGUGCUGGAGUACAUGGCUGAAAAUGAGCGUCUGCGCAGCCGUGUGGAGCAGCUCACCCAGGAGCUAGACACCCUUCGGAACCUCUUCCGCCAGAUCCCUGAGGCGGCCAGCCUUAUCAAGGGCGUGGGGGGCUGCAGCUGA